UGUGUCCUCUCGUCAGAUGAUCUCUUGUGUUCCUGCUGGUAACCUGUCUCUGCUCUCAUGACUAAGAAUUUCUUGUGUAUGACCUGUUUUCUAGAUUGUUGGACCUGAUUUCAGGCUUUUACUUGAGGAGGGCAGCAUUUCGCCUUCCAGUCUGCCGGAAUUUCAACAGAAGAAGAAGAAGAACGCGCUUCCACGAUUUGUCGAACAUUAGCCGCUGUUGGCUGGCGUUAUACUGGAUAUAAAAUGAUUUCUAGUUUGCAAAGAAACGUCUCAACUUGAUUCGUGUUGGAUAUCUGAAGGAGACGUUAGUCUAACACGGAGCAGGAUGAAGGUAACGAUCCGACAUUGGAGCGGAGUGGCAUCUUGGUUGUGGGUGGCUAAUGAUGACAACUGUGGGAUCUGCAGGAUGCCCUUCAAUGGCUGCUGCCCCGACUGUAAAGUGCCUGGGGAUGACUGCCCGCUGGUCUGGGGUCAGUGCUCCCACUGUUUCCACAUGCACUGCAUCUUGAAAUGGCUAAACUCGCAGCAGGUCCAGCAGCAGUGCCCCAUGUGCCGACAGGAGUGGAAGUUCAAAGAAUGAACCAGCGAGGUGGUGUCGAUCUCCACCCUCACCGAAGCCUGUCUGUGUGUUUCAUUUGUAUACCAGCUGUAAAUAACUAAGUCUGUUCUCCA